AUAUUCUUCUGCACUUUUCCCCUUGUCCCUGCAGUCUCCCAGGGAGAGCAUCAGCCCCAACUCCCAAGACUGGAAGGCAGCAAGAAAAAAACACUUCACUACAGGAUCUCCCCACCACUGCUGGCAGCAUGGAAAGCGUGCGUGAGCUCCAAAACCCUCUCUUAGCCAAAUCCAAUGGCCACCUUCGCAGCAGCUAUUCUUACCACCAGCAUCACAGCCAGGACUACCCCAGUCAUCGCUGCCAAGGGAAACUGUACUCCUACAUAUUCCAAAACACCGGUGGUGCCAGGACUCACCAGCUGCUGGAUGCCAGUUCCCUGCAGCUGGCUGUUGAAGCUUUGUACGGCCCCAGUUUCAUCCUUGUGAAGGAUGAGACUGCUCUCAAGGCCAAGGACAGCAAGAUGGAAAGCUGCGAGACCACUUUUACAGAAAGCAAAGAGUCUCCUUCAGAAGCUCCUGAAGGGCAUGAGGCACAAGGGUCCUGCCUGGUGGAGAGUGACAUCCGCAUCCAAACUGUUUCCUAUGAGGUGGAGGAAGAGGAGAUCCAGGAGUAUGAGAGCGACUCCUCCAGCGACAGUGAAAGCGAGGAUCAUUUCCUGAUGCUCCCCCCCCGGGACCACUUGGGCUUGGCUCUUUUCUCCAUGCUGUGUUGCUUCUGGCCCCUGGGGAUUGCUGCCUUCUACUUCUCCCAAGGGACCAGCAAGGCUGUCUCCAAAGGAGAUUUUCAUCUGGCCAGUUCAGCUUCCCGCCGAGCUCUCUUCCUUGCUGCGCUCUCCAUAACCAUUGGCACAGGAGUGUACAUCGGGGUGGUGGUAGCACUGAUCGCUUAUCUCUCGAAAGGGGGCCACGUGUAG